AGGUCAUCAAGAGAGAGGGCACAGGCACCGAGCUGCCCAUGAUCGGGGACCGAGUCUUUGUCCACUACACUGGCUGGCUGUUAGAUGGCACAAAGUUUGACUCCAGUCUGGAUCGCAAGGACAAAUUCUCCUUUGACCUGGGAAAAGGGGAGGUCAUCAAGGCUUGGGACAUCGCUGUGGCGACCAUGAAGGUGGGGGAGGUAUGCCACAUCACCUGUAAACCAGAAUAUGCCUACGGUUCAGCAGGCAGCCCUCCAAAGAUCCCCCCUAAUGCCACGCUUGUGUUUGAGGUGGAGCUAUUUGAGUUCAAAGGCGAGGACUUGACGGAGGAUGAAGAUGGUGGAAUCAUCCGCAGAACACGAACUCGGGGAGAAGGCUAUGCCAGGCCCAACGAGGGUGCUGUUGUGGAGGUUGCACUGGAAGGGUACCACAAGGACCAGCUGUUUGACCGGCGGGAGCUCCGUUUUGAGGUUGGCGAGGGAGAAAACCUGGACCUGCCUUGUGGGCUGGAAAAGGCCGUUCAGCGCAUGGAGAAAGGAGAACAUUCCAUUGUGUACCUCAAGCCCAGCUAUGCUUUUGGCAGUGCUGGUAAGGAAAAGUUCCAGAUCCCACCAGAUGCUGAGCUGAAAUACGAGUUACAACUCAAGAGUUUUGAGAAGGCCAAAGAGUCUUGGGAGAUGAAUGCAGAGGAGAAGCUGGAACAGAGCGCCAUAGUGAAGGAGCGGGGCACUGUGUACUUCAAGGAAGGCAAGUACAAGCAAGCUGUGCUCCAGUAUAAGAAGAUUGUGUCCUGGCUGGAAUACGAGUCAAGCUUUUCCAGCGAGGAAGCCCAGAAGGCACAGGCCCUCCGACUGGCCUCCCACCUCAACCUGGCCAUGUGUCACCUGAAGCUACAGGCCUUCACCGCCGCCAUUGAAAGCUGUAACAAGGCCCUGGAGCUGGACAGCACCAACGAGAAGGGUCUCUUCCGCCGGGGAGAGGCCCACCUGGCCGUGAAUGACUUCGACCUGGCACGAGCUGACUUCCAGAAGGUCCUGCAGCUCUACCCCAGCAACAAAGCCGCCAAGGCCCAGCUGGCUGUGUGCCAGCAGCGGAUCCGCAAGCAGCUUGCCCGGGAGAAGAAGCUCUAUGCCAACAUGUUCGAGAGGCUGGCUGAGGAAGAGAGCAAGACCAAGGCCGCCGUGGGAGACCAUCCAGCUGACACCGAGAUGCAGGAGCGGACGCGUGACGCAGGGGGCCGGCCUCAGGUGGAGACAGAAGCGUAGCCUCCCCAGCCCUCCUCCCGCGGCUGCCAGCCCUGCCCCACUCCACCCUGCUAGUUUUGUAAAAACCGAAGACUUUCGAGUGAAUUAGACCUUUAUUUUUCUAUCUGGCUGGAUGGUGGCUUUGGGGAGAGGAGUGGGCUGGGGGCUUGGGGAGCAUCAUGGCGGGCGGCGUCACCCCUUCUCUGCCCCCACACACGAACAUACGUCCAUUCACACGCGCUCAUCAAAGGCUGAUUUAUCUCGCUCCCUCAGUCCGACUUUGUGCAGUGGCAGCAGGGGCAAGUGGCCGGGAUGGGUCUUAUGUGAAGCCAGGGUGGAGAGGGGCUCCCAGGCAGCCGCUCCCUCAUCCUUCCCGCCCGUCCGUCUCCAAACACGUGGCUCCGUGUGGGGCUAGGGGCACGGGAGACCGCUGCCGCGCCCGCUUCUGUCCUCUUCUCACCCCGAUGGCGUGACUGGUGAUGUCUUUUGUUGUCAUGGUGACCACCCCUGUCCCCCCCCAUCAGUUUCCCUCCUCCAGCAGGUUGUGCCCUCACCCCCCCAUCUCCCAGCCUCUCCUCUGCUCGUUGCUGAAGGUCCAGGCUCGCCUCAAGUUCUGUGCUUGGGCAAUAAAGUGGAAACCAUAAAA